ACUGAUGGUGUACACUUUAAAGACAACAUCAGAGCUGGCAAUGUCUCAAAUCCAGAGACAUUGUCUGAAGCUGUAAAACUUCUGAAGCCAGAGUACUUAGUUGCCGCCAUAAAGGAACACAAGAUGGAUAAAGCUAUUAUCUUCUGUCGAACUAAGAUUGAUUGUGAUAAUAUUGAACGCUAUUUCGCAACAAUGGGUGGUGGUCCUCGUUCCAAAUACAACCAUCAAUUUUCAUGUGUUUGUCUCCAUGGUGAUAGAAGACCGCCAGAACGUCGUCAGAAUUUGCAGAUGUUCAAAGACAACAAAGUUCGGUUUCUGAUCUGUACUGAUGUUGCUGCCCGGGGGAUUGAUGUACGUGGAGUUCCUUUUGUCAUUAAUGUUACAAUGCCUGAUGAGAAGUCUAACUAUGUCCAUCGCAUUGGUCGUGUUGGCAGAGCUGACAGGUACCAUACAAAACAGGAUGUGACAAACAAUGAUUUAGUGCUUUAG